AUGCACGCGCUACGCACUCAGGCACACACAUGGAAGAAGACACGCAGAACGCGUCUCUCUCGACAGCGAAAACGCAGCAACUUUGUGACUUUGUGCUUUUUUGUUCUUCUGGAAAUCCGUCCUUCUGAAUUAAUCGCACCGAAUGAGCAAACUUUGUGCUCUCUGUCCACCGAGAGUCUCACAGCCCAGCUGCAGAGACUCGGCUUUCCGAAUUUCUUGUCCGUCUUCGUCCUCGUCGUCUUCUUCGCCUUCUCGAUCACCUUCUCCUCUGUCUUCUUCUCGUCGGUCUUUUCCUUUUCGCCCUUCUCUCGUUUCUUUUCUGGCGCCUUUAACGACUCCAUAAUGCUGGCUGGCGGCCCGGCGUCUCUGCCGACUUCUCGACUCCUCCACCCAGAGGAGGAGGCUAUUCUUCCAGUUGCGCUUGCCGCGCCCAUGGAGCGUCGCUUCAGUCCUUACGUCAACAACGGAGGGACAGUGGUGUGCGUCGCUGGAGAGGACUUCGCCGUCGCGGUGGGAGACACGCGUUUGUCGACUGGCUUCUCCAUCUACUCUCGUCGCCAGUCAAAGAUCACGAAGCUGACUGACAAGGUUGUCCUGGCGACCUCUGGCAUGGAGGCUGACAAGACGACUCUCCACAACCUUCUCAAAAUCCGUAUCGAACAGUACACGCACCAGCACCGCCAUCCGCCCAGUCUGAACGCGAUUGCUCAGCUGCUGUCGACAGUGCUCUACUCUCGCCGCUUCUUCCCCUUCUAUACUUUCAACGUCCUCUGCGGCAUCGAUGAAAACGGCAAAGGGGCAGUGUAUGGCUACGAUGCGAUUGGAUCCUUCGAGCCUUCUCGAUACAACUGCGCAGGGACAGGAGCCCACCUGAUCAUGCCCGUUCUGGACAACCAGAUCUCUCGGAAUAACCAGCAAGGCGAGAAGGCGCCUUUGACGAGAGAGAGGAUCGUCGAAAUCGUCAAGAGUGCAGUGGCUUCUGCAGGCGAGCGCGACAUUUUCACAGGCGACCAGGCGGAAGUGGUGAUGAUCAGUCAGAGUGGGAUCGAAAAGACUCUCAUGGACCUCCGCGCUGACUAAGAAAACGGAACAAGAAACGUCGAUUUCUCAUUAUCUGUAUCAUCUUGUUUUACAAUACCUGGAACGCUGAGUCACUGCAGCUGGGUACGGAAAAGACUGGUGGGCCGAGACACACAGUCGGCUUGCGUGCGACUCUGGCGAGGGUGGACGCUUGCGAAGGUGCUGCGGUGUACAUACAGCGGGAGAAGUUUUGAAGGGAGAGCGCGGGUGGAGUCUCGUGCUGGUAUCUGCUGGCACUCUUGGAAGUUUUGCGAAUUGUCCGAGGAGAAACGAGCAGGCAGGCUAGAACAUUUUCCCAAGCCCCUUCAAGUUCUGCGGAAAAGGGGAAGGGUGUAACGUCACCCGCUGUGCUCUAUGCUUUAACGCGGGAAGAACGCGCCGAAGAGACCCAGAAAAGAAAGGCACAGAAAUCCGUCCUGUUAGAGAAAGGCGUGCUCGUUUGCAGCGUGCACACACAAAGAGAGAGCGCGAAACAGGGGAUGCAGAGAGAUGUGGAGACAAGUACCAUAUUAGAGUGAGUUAGGCAACUGUGUGUGUCCAUCUUGCUGAUGCUAGCGGAAAACAGUUGGACAGAAGAGGCAGAAGGAGGAAACCUGCGCAGCGCAGAGACGGAAGGAGAGGAGCGAUAGAUCACAGUACAGACGAGACGGUGCACCGAACACGGACUGCACAUAUCCGCUACGGUGUGCAUCUCCUUAAACAGACUCCGGAGAGAAAAGCUUCACUACCUGCGCAGGUUCUCACUUUGUCCCCCUGUUCGGCAGAAGAGAGUUCGACCGCAAGCAACAGCAGCGACUCUAGGUUUUCUUCGGACUGCUAGAAAGCUGUUUUUGAGUUCUUUUCGCGGCGAACUCUGUAGACAAGAAAGCAGGAUUGGUCGCUGUCUCGAGCGCAUGUGUCACGAUGUUUUGUCGUGUAGCGCGUCCAUACCGUGAUGUAGUUUUACCAACAAAGAGGUCUGAGCGAGGGAACCAGGAUUCCAACAAAACGAACAGCAGCUUCUUUUGCGUAAACGUGAGUCGUAUUGCGGUUCAGAACGGAGAUACCGGAGGAGCAGGACCGCGUGGGCGUCGUUAGAGCCAUCACCAUGCACGGUCUUUUUAAUCCGUUGUUCUGGCAGCAAGAACAGAUCUUUGUUUUCAGCAGAACAGCCAGAGGUGUUUUUACCAAAGGUGUGUCUCAGCGGUAGUGCGUCUCGCAGUGAGCAAAUGGGGAUACACGUGUGGGAAGUGAGGUGUUGCGACUUGUGUGUGCGAUGCUGCUUGCAGAAGUGAGCAUGUUUGCAUGUCCGCCUUUAGUUUCGCACUUCACUGUUUCGGAGCGGGCAAGAUAAAAAGAACUCAGUGGUUUGUCUUGGUUUUCUGUAGUGGCGCCGCAUCACGGAAUCCCUCACUCCUCUCCUGCGUUCUGGAGUCACAAAAAACAACACACCAGGCUUUGAUUGCGAUUGCUUCAUCAGCGCUGUUACUUUUUCCCGUUGGGAUGGAAGUUUCAUUUCAGUGUAUAUCCGUACAAGCUGGGUCACAGGCGCACCUUCAGAAACAGAUAAGCCUGUCCUGGUAACAACGCACUCGUUUUGCCGAUACCACAACAGCCCUCGCAUGGCAACGGGACAGAGGCGCUAUGCGUCGAGUCGAUCCGUGGGAUCUGUACGAAAAGAAGCGCGAGUUUUUCAUGCAAUUUCUAUGGUUCAGCGCGGCGUGGUGGGGCAUUCUCCUAUUUCGCAACUUGUGUACAUGCACACUGCGUUAACUCCCAAGGCAGGACACC